CCCUCCUUUACCUCAUGGCCGUGCUGACCUAUUUGACCUGAGCAAAGACCAAGAGCUGAACCUUGCCUACAUUUCUUCUGUUCCGCAUGGUGGCAUUGAACAAGUUCGAAUUCACUGGUUACUGGAAUUAGUUGCUCUCAGAGUGAUGAAUGGGAAACUUCACUACAAUUUUACUGCCUUGGAUAACCUUAUGGAUCGCCUAUGGGAAAAUAAGCUAAUUCCAGGGUUUGAAUUGAUGGGGAAUCCAUCAGGAUAUUUUUUAGAUUUUGAAGAUAAAGAACAGGUGGUAAGAUGGAGAAACUUAAUUACACUUCUGGCCAGCAGAUACAUAGACAGGUAUGGACUGGAGCAUGUUGCUAAAUGGAAUUUUGAAACAUGGAAUGAACCAGACCACCAUGACUUUGACAAUGUGUCUAUGACAGUGAAAGGGUUUCUCAACUAUUACGAUGCUUGCUCAGAAGGAUUAAGAGCAGCCAGUCCUCUACUAAAAUUUGGAGGGCCUGGGGAUUCCUUCCACCCCUUACCCAAGUCACCCAUAUGCUGGAGUCUUCUGUGUCAUUGCUACAAUGGAACCAACUUCUUCACGGGGGAGACUGGUGUAAGGCUGGACUACAUCUCUCUCCAUAAGAAGGGAGGUGGGAGUUCUCUUUACAUCUUGCAACAAGAAGUAGAAGCGGUUGAACAAAUUCAGAAGCUGUUUCCAAAUUUUGCUUCUGUUGCCAUAUACAACGAUGAAGCAGAUCCAAUGGUUGGAUGGUCCAUUCCACAACUGUGGCGAGCUGAUGUGACCUAUGCAGCGAUGGUUGCAAAGGUAAUCAUCCAGCAUCAAAAACUGCUCAUUUCCAAAGCCAACAACACCAUCAACUACACACUGCUGAGUAAUGACAAUGCCUUCUUGAGCUACUACCCUCAUUACUUCACACAGCGGACUCUGACAGCACGUUUUCAGAUGAACAAUACAAAGCCACCUCACGUCCAGAUGGUGCGGAAACCAGUGCUGACUGUCAUGGGCUUGCUGGCACUGCUAGGAGAAAAGCAGAUUUUUGCAGAAGUGAACAGCAGUGAAGGUGAGAGCACUCAAAACAGCACAAUUGGUGUCCUGGCAUCUGUGCACACCCCAAGUGAGAUGCAACCCUCAGACAGUUGGCAAGCUACUCUACUGAUGUAUUCAAGUGAGGAUAACAGGACUUCAUUGAAUAUCAGCACCGUCACAGUGAAUGCCACCCACUUCCCCAAACUUAGAGAGCUGGUGUAUGUGACAUAUUACCUGGAUAACAACCAAACCAAUCCCUACCUGAAGUGGAAAAAGCUAGGAAGCCCUGACUUUCCUUCCCCAGAACAGUUCCAGCAAAUAAGGGAUGCUGAGGACCCAGUGGCAACAGGCCCAUUCCCAUUUCCUGAAGGUGGUAUCCUGACACUGAAGCAAGACUUUCCUGUUCCCUCGGUCUUUCUCAUCCACAUCUGUGCAAGACCCAGAUCUGUUCCUGAUCAAGUGACUGGUGUUCGUUUGAUCCCUCUCACAAAGGGGCAGGUCAUUGUGUUGUGGGACAAUGGCUGUGUAAAUACAAAAUGUAUAAAGACAUUUGAAGUGGAGUUCUCAUCAGAUGGAAAAGCAUACCAGCGGAUUAACGCCAAAGACACAAUAUUCACUCUCUGGGUCUACAGUCCAGGAAGCUCUGUCUCCGGCUUUUACAAAGUGCGUGCCAUUGACUACUGGGGGAAAGCAGGCCUGUCCUCUGUUCCUGUGGAGUAUGUUGAAGCUUUCAAGUGACUCUGAAGAGUGGUGCCUGACUUGGUGUCUGAGUGGUGUAUACACCCUGCAAAUGACAACUCCCCAGAAAAAUAAACUCCUCCCAAGCUGAGGAGGGAGUAUCGAAAGGACCUGAUGAAGCAAGUUAGGAAUGCAAGUUAGAAGCAACUGCCCCUCUUAACUCUUCAGAGCUCAAAAGGCAGUAUUAUCAAACAGCCGCAACUGACAACCCAACUGGUACAAUUCUAAGAUGCAGCCGUAAGACUGUGAUUCAGCUUGGUAACUAGGACAUAUGGGAUAAGUAUUUAUUAUUCCCUCUUUUACACUGAGCUAAUGGCCAGGACAACUUACAGAGGUCCCAAACUGUGGUAGGAACAGGACCAUCACCUCACACUAUGAGUAAGGAUGGCAGCAAAGGCACAACGAGGACCUGAGAGUGAACUGCCUGCCGCAACUGCCAGGCUGUCUUGACAUAAUGGUUUGAUGGAAAAGCGCACAGCAACCACACAUGUACAGAGAGUUAAGUGAAGGAUUCCUGAUUCCCUGCUGGUUAGUCACACAUGCUCCAGCGGGUUAUUUCAGAGACUUGCCAUAUCUUCAGAUGUAUGAGGUUCUUCACCUUCUCACAGAGGAGUUUCUACC